CUCUGCAGUUCACUAGUACAGUGCACGAAAUCAGAUCUUAUUGCUGAAAAAAGUAAGUAAACAUGAUUAUAGAUUACGGAAUUACACAUCAAAAGUUAUUGGCAUUGCGGGAUUGCAUUUCGGUUUUUAAGAAGUUUCCACAAGCAGUUUUAGAUGAAGAGCUUACGUUCCUAAGGGAAUGGAUUGUGAUAGACAUGAGAGGUGUGAUUGAUCCAGUGAAAAUCCUUGGUGUUGAUAAUGAAUUGGAAUAUGAUUGUAUUGAAAUAAACAUUAAGCCGGAAAUGUCAGUCCCUUCACUACAGUUUGUGGGUGAUAAUGGAUUUCACAGUAAUUUAAAUGAUUUUAUUGAGUUUGAUGAUGGUUUGGUGGAACAACUUGAAUCAGAUGAAGAUGAAACACCUGAAGAAACUGUAGAUGGAAAUUUGCUUCUUGGUAAUGAAUCAAAUGAUGGUGGUGAGGAUGAGGGUUUGGAGGUUGAAGAUGUCGUUGUUGCUGAUUUGGAAAAUAAUGAUGUAGUUGAUUUAUUCGAGAAAACAGAAAUUAAGAAAGAGCCUUUGGAUGCAACAAGUAGUUUCAUUUGUUCGAUAUGUGGAAGGUUGUACAGCAAGAAAUUGUACCUGAAGAAACAUAUGAAGCGCCAUGCUGAGGAUCUCGCUUGUAAAAUCUGUGGUAAAGAACUUCUGACUAAAGAAGGCAUGAAAAGCCACAUGCGUGGUCAUCAGGGUAUCAAGAAUUACACUUGUGAGAUCUGCGCCAAGUCCUUUGUGACAAAGAAAACACUCUCUGUCCACCAAAACCUGCAUACAACCAACCGUCCAACUUGUAAAGUGUGUGGGCGUGAGUUUACUCAAGAGAGUUCACUGAUGCGCCAUGUUAGAAACAUCCAUGAGCACCAGAAGAAAUAUGCUUGUCAAGAAUGUGAUAAAUCCUUUGGUCAGUCGGGUGAGCUAAAGUCUCAUAUGCGGAUCCACAAUGAAGCCACUUUAUGUAAGGACUGUAACCAGAAGUUCCCUGAUGUGAGGUCAUUCCGUCGUCAUCGUCGAUUCGUCCACUUUGAUUACCCGGUUAAAACAAUCCCGUGUAAAAUGUGUGACAAGAAGUUUUCUACUGAACGAACUUUACACAACCAUCUCAAAAUUAUACACCAGAAAAAUAACCGCUUUGUAUGUGAAACUUGUGGCAAGAGCUUUGCGUACAAAGCUACAUUGAAGUUGCAUGCAGCAGUCCAUGGAGAGGGAACAGAUGAAGAGAAGAAAAUUAAGCCAAAGAAAUUCAAGUGUGAAACUUGUGGGAAAGAAAUGUGGACUCACAUCUCACUUCAGGAUCAUAUCUCUGCUGUACAUCAUGGGAAGAAAAACUACAAGUGUGGCCAGUGUGGGAAAGAGUUUGCUUUCCGUGGAAGUCUAAUGAUUCAUCGUGAUGUUCAUCUGAACAUAAGGAAAUAUAAAUGCAACAUUUGUUCGCGAUCAUUCAAACGUGUUGGAACAUUGCAAACACACAAGCGAACACACACUGGUGAGAAGCCAUUCAAGUGUACCGAGUGCAAGUCUGCAUUUGCACAGCAAUCCACAUUGAACAGUCACAUGGUGUGCCAGCACACAAAAGAGUACCCACACAUUUGCCUCAUCUGUGGAAAAGGAUUUAUAAAACCAAAUGAACUCACAAGACACAUGGAAAUCAAACAUUGAACGUAUGCUGAUUACUUUUUACAGUUGUGUUAUUUUUGCGUUACUUGUUAAUGACUCUUACAUUGUAGAUUUAAUACAUUAGCAUUGCAAGUCUGGAUAUGCCUUUUAUGUGUAUGAUACCCUAAUUAAACAAGUUGUAUAAUAGGAUGACAAAUAAAGUUUGCAUUAUUGUUAUGUUAAAAA